GGGUUAGUUUGAAACUGUCUGCUGCACCAACCAUCAAGAUAAGAUCCCUCUCUUUCUCCUUGAGCAGAUCUCAGGAGUCAACUAGUCAUGGCUGACACAGAAGACGUUGUGGAGGAGGAAGUGCAGGAAGUGGAGGAAACCGAAGAGGAAGUGGAAGUGCCGCCUCCAACAGAGGAAGAGCCAGCCCCUGAAGUGGAAGAGCCUCCGGAAGUCGAAGAGGAGCCAGAACCAGAACCACAAGAAGCCCCGGUUGCGGAGGAAGUCACAGAUGAGACAAAACCAAAGCCAAAAUUCAUGCCCAAUAUCUCGGCUCCAAAGAUUCCUGAGGGAGAUAAAGUGGAUUUUGAUGACAUCCACAGAAAGCGUCAGGAGAAGGAUUUAUCUGAGCUUCAGUCUCUGAUCGAGGCUCAUUUCAUCCAGAGGAAGAAAGAUGAAGAAGAACUGAUCGCGCUGGUCAACAGAAUCGAGAAGCGGCGCGGCGAGAGGGCAGAGCAGCAGAGAAUCCGUGCAGAGAAAGAGAAGGAGAGACAGGCCCGUCUGGCCGAAGAAAAAGAGAGGCGAGAGCAAGAGGAACAGAGGAAGAAACACGAUGAAGAUGCCAAGAAGAAGAAGGCCCUCACCAACAUGACACACCAGUAUGGAGGAAUCCAGCAGAAGGGCGACGGCCGCAAAGGAGCAAAGAAACAGACAGAGAGAGAGAAGAAGAAGAAGAUCCUGGCGGAGAGAAAGAAGCCACUGAACAUCGAUCAUCUUUCUGAAGAUAAACUGAAGGAGAAGGCCAGUGAAAUGUGGCAGUGGAUGAUGCAGUUGGAGGCCGAGAAGUUUGACCUCAGCGAGAAACUCAAGAGGCAGAAAUAUGAUAUGAAUGUUCUCCAGACCCGAAUCAAUGAACAACAGAAGUUUGCCAAAGGUCGUGGCAAGGGCAAGGUUGGCGGCAGGCUGAGGUAAACGCACGGCGGAUCCAGGAGCUCCAGAGAUCCAGAAGACUUUAUCUGCUUCAUCACAUACAGUUGAAGUCAGAGUUAUUAGCCCUCCUGAAUUAUUUCCUUCCCCCCUGUAUAUUUUUGAUUUGCCCCAAUUUCUGUUUAACAGAGAGAUUUUAUUUUUAAACAUAAUAGUUUUAAUAACUCAUUUCUGAUAACUGGUUUCUUUUAUCUGUGCUAUGAUGACAGUACGUAAUAUUUGACUAGAUGUUUCAUAAGAUACUAGUAUUCAGCUUCAAGUGACAUUUAAAGGCUUAACUAGGCUACUUAGGCAAGUCGUUAUUUAAUGAUGGUUUGUUCUGUAGAUGGUCGAAAACAAAUAUUGCUUAAGGGGCUAAUAAUAUUGACCUUAAAAUGGUUUCAAAAACUGCUUUUAUUCAAGCCAAAAUAAGGCAAAUAAGACAUUCUCCAGGAGAAAAAAUAUUAUAGGAAAUACUAUGAAAAAUGUCUUGCUCCAUUAAACAUCAUUUGGGAAAUAUUUGAAAAAGACAAAGCACAGGUGGGCGAAUAAUUUCGACUUCAACUGUAUGCAGAUGUGGUCAUGACAGACGCAUCGCUCUGCUUUACUGCACUAUGGAGACAGAAAAGUUGCAUACUCUCUACUGAUGUCGUGUAUUUCUGCUUGUUAUGCACAAGUAUUCUGCAGUCCUCUCUAUAUUGAGCACUCGUUUUAUUCCUGCAACAUUAAAAGAGUCAGAUUGUCUACAAUG